GUCACGCCGAGUACAUGAGACACCGCGACAGGAAAGUCCCUUCAUUCCCGUCCGUCCCUGAACGUUAAUCCCGGAAGUUGUAGCAGUGUGGCGCUGUGUAAACAUGGGGUAGCUCGAGUCGAGAGUUUUGACAGGUAGCACGAACCUGUGGGACACGCUCGACAGGCUGAAGUUAAGAGGGUCGAUCCGACAGGAAGACAGACAGGAGGAGGAGUGAUUCACUUCGUGUGGUCUGGAGGAGACGCGUCCAGUUAUGUCCCUGAAGCAGAGAUACUGUCUGCUGCUCUGCAUGGCUGUGGGAGCCAUCUUCACUUAUCACAAGUUCACCAGGAAACACCCUGUUGAAAUCAAGAGAAUUAGCAGGGGGCCGGGUCUGAGAGCCAACACGUCCCAGUUCACUCUGGAGGGAAACCCCUUCCGCAUCUUGGGGGGCUCCAUCCACUACUUCCGUGUCCCAAGAGCCUACUGGAAGGACAGACUGCUGAAGCUGAAGUCUUGUGGCCUCAACACCCUCACAACAUAUGUGCCAUGGAACCUCCAUGAGCCUGAGCAAGGGUUGUUCAACUUUGAGGAUCAGCUGGAUUUGGAAGCCUUCCUCCGCCUCGCAUCCAGCCUUGACCUCUGGGUGAUUCUGCGCCCAGGGCCCUACAUCUGUGCUGAGUGGGACUUAGGGGGACUACCCAGCUGGUUGCUACGGGAUGAAAACAUGAAACUGAGAACGACAUACCGUGGAUUCACCAACGCAGUCAACUCCUUCUUCGAUCAACUCAUUGCCAAAGUCGUUCCACACCAGUUCUCCAAAGAUGGCCCCAUUAUCGCAGUUCAAGUGGAGAAUGAAUACGGCUCCUAUGCUAAGGAUAAAGAAUACAUGCCAUUCAUCAAAGAGGCGUUAUUGUCAAGGGGCAUCACAGAGCUGCUGAUGACCUCUGACAACAAGGAAGGACUAAAGCUUGGAGGAGUGAAAGGAGCCCUUGAAACCAUCAAUUUUCAGAAACUGAACCUGAAAGACAUUAAGUAUUUGGAAAAAAUACAGCCUCAGAGGCCUAAAAUGGUGAUGGAGUACUGGUCGGGAUGGUUCGAUCUUUGGGGGGGCCUACAUCACGUGUUUACAGCUGAGGACAUGAUACCUGUGGUCACAGAGAUCCUUGAAAAGGACAUGUCCAUCAAUCUCUACAUGUUCCAUGGUGGGACAAAUUUUGGCUUCAUGAGUGGAGCAUUUGCUGUUGGAAUCCCGGCACCCAAACCUAUGGUAACGAGCUACGAUUACGAUGCUCCAUUAUCCGAGGCUGGGGAUUACACCACCAAGUACCAUCUUCUGAGGAAUUUAUUCAGCCAAUACCACAGCAACCCUCUCCCUGAACUGCCUCCUUCCCAGGAGAGGAGAGCGUACCAGCUUGUUGUCAUCCAGCAGCACCUGUCUCUGUGGGACACUCUGCAUUUCGCUGACAAGCCAUUGAAGUCAGCGAAGCCGAUAAACAUGGAGAAUCUCCCUGUCAACCGUAACAAUGGUCAGUCGUACGGCUACACGCUGUAUGAGACCAUCAUCACCAGCGGAGGACUCCUCAACUCAAAGAACAACGUCAGAGACAGAGCGCUGGUUUUUGUGGACAAACAUUUUGUUGGUGUCCUGGAUUAUAAAACACUAGAGCUGGCACUUCCUGAUGGGAAGGGAAGAAGAACACUAGGUUUACUGGUGGAGAACUGUGGAAGAGUGAAUUAUGGACAAACUCUGGAUGAGCAGCGCAAAGGUCUGGUCGGAGAUAUCGAGUUAAACAAGCAGCUCCUCCGAGACUUCAUUAUUCAUAGUCUGGAUAUGAAGCCAAGCUUCCUUAACAGAAUCGCCAAUCCGGCCAACUGGAAGUCUAUGCGAGAGCCGCUGUCCUUCCCAGGGUUUUUCCAGGGCAAGUUCUAUGUGAACCGUUCUCCUAAAGACACCUUCAUCAAACUCCCUGGAUGGAGUAAAGGAGUCAUCUUCAUCAACGGCAAGAAUCUUGGACGCUACUGGUCCAUCGGUCCUCAGCAGACGCUCUACGUCCCAGGUCCCUGGCUUCACAAGGGAGACAACCAGGUCCUCGUGUUUGAAGAGCAGGAAACAGAUGGUAAGAUCCAGUUCACCAGCACCCCUGACUAUGGCAUGUCUGUCGAUGUCUAGUAUGGACGGGAGGGCAGAUGGGGAGAGGAGGAGGAUGGGAGAGUAGCUGGGAAGGUCAGGACGGGCCCCCGACACCUGGCCGAGACCAGCAUCACCCAUAAGUGACACGUCGGUAAACGAGACAUUUGGUGUUCUGCCAGAAGACGCAUCUCCAUAAUCGGCUUCCUCACAUCAACUUCUCAUUUUAGAGGCUUUACUCAUGACACUCCGUUGAAUAAUUUCUAUUCAAUUUAGCAACAGUAUCACUAACGUCCACUUACACACUCCAUAAUUUGAGACCAAGGGACUGGGACACGAAACGAUCUCGAUUGUAAUGAAGUGUUAGAAACUCUCCUCCUUUCUCAGACCUAUUUUAUACAUAUCAUCCAGAGUGUAUGCAAAGAAUGUGUGAAUAAAGACUGGUGUGACCUCUGUGUCAGCAGUCAAGGCCAACCAAGCCUGUGAACUGCUUUAUUUAUCCCACAUACUGUGAGCCUGUUUGCUUUUUCAAAUUUACUUUCUUAUUAUAUGCUGUGAGCUCAUGCAGAGGAGUCAAGUUUGAAAUCUUUUUUUGAAUUCUCAUCUGUUGUGUGUGGCUCUUACCAGCCCGGAUACCGCCGCAAAUGUUUUCUCUGAUGAUUGAUGCCAUGGUGAUACUGUGCUGUCACAUUUGACAACUAAUCAGUGCAGGCUAAUGAAAUGAUAUGUAUGAGUAAUUACAAUUUAAGAGGUGGUCAGGUUUCCCAUGCUGCUGAAAUCCUAGAGUGGAUUUCAUCAAUUGAGACACUUUGGCUUCACCUUUGGGAGCAGUCAUCCAUCUUUAUCCUCAUCUUUAAGUAUAAGCUUGUUAAAUUAAAGCCCUUGUAACUUAUACUAUAAAAAAUAAUAUACAGUCCACAUGUCUGACCUGACACGUGAUGAAAUGCUGUUAAAUACAAUGUACUGACUUCAAAUGAAAUUUAACAUAAAUUAUAAAACAUCAGUAAUAUGCAUGUUAACUGCAUGAAUACAACAAACGCUGAAGCAAGGCUUACUCGUUUAAAGUAUAAACAAAGGUUUUGCACUUCGGUUUAAUAUAUUUUUUUUUCCUGAAGCUGAUGUUUUUAAAUCUUUGUAGCUUGGUGGCUGGGUAUUUUUUUUUUGUUGCCAAAUCACUCCAUUUAUAAGCUAUUUCUUAUUUGGUUAUGCUGCAACCUUAUUUUGUAAAUCCCCAGGGUUAAAAUAGCUAGUUGUCACAAAGAAUUUUUGAAUGUAUGAUCUAUCCAUCCGUUCCAUCUACUUAAAGUUUAACAACUGCAAGAAACUGUCAAUUAAUUGUACAAAUGGAUCAAUUUUGUAAUUGUUGAGUGUUAUUAUUAUUUUUAUUAAAUUUGUUGAAUUGUUCAA